CCUAUAUGCUCGGUGCAUGGCGUUGCAGUCACCACUGUGGAAGGCAUAGGAUGCACAAAAACCCGGAUACAUCCUGUUCAGGAAAGGCUGGCCAAGUGCCAUGGCUCUCAAUGUGGCUUUUGCACUCCUGGAAUGGUGAUGUCCAUGUACGCUUUGCUCAGAAACCACCCUGAACCUUCCAUAGAGCAGAUAACUACAGCUCUGGCUGGUAACUUGUGCCGCUGCACUGGGUAUAGGCCAAUCUUAGAUGGCUGUAAAACCUUCUGUAAGGAACCAUUUUGUUGUCAAAGUAAAGAAAAUGGGAACUGUUGCUUGGAUCAAGAAGACAAACUCAAAGGAGAGAAGAUUUCCACCAAACUGUUUUCAGCCGAUGAAUUUCAGCCCUUGGACCCCACCCAGGAGUUUAUAUUUCCACCAGAAUUAAUGACAAUGGCUGAAAAUCAGCCAAAAAGAACUCUUGUUUUCCAAGGGGAAAGAACAACAUGGAUUUCACCUGCUAGCCUAAAGGAGCUUCUUGAGCUGAAGGCUAAGUACCCCAAAGCACCUCUCGUGGUGGGGAACACCAAUGUGGGGCCUGAAAUGAAAUUUAAAGGAGUGCAUCAUCCAGUUAUCAUCUCUCCUGCAAGGAUCCUAGAUCUGAAUGUGGUGAGAUACACAGACAAUGGACUAACUCUUGGAGCUGCCUGCAGUCUGGCUGUAGUGAAAGAUGUCCUGACAAACACAAUCUCAGAACUUCCAGGGGACAAGACAAAGAUUUUCCGUGCUCUCUUGCAUCAGUUAAAAACUCUGGGAGGACAGCAGAUCAGAAACAUUUCCUCUUUAGGUGGAAACAUUAUGAGUAGAAAGUCAACAUCUGACUUGAAUCCCAUUCUCGCAGUUGGCAACUGUACCCUCAACCUGGCAUCAAGAGUAGAAGGAACACGGAGGAUUUCUUUGAGUGACAUUUUUGCCAAUGGAGUUGGUAACAAUACCCUUAUGCCAGAAGAUGUCUUAGUCUCUGUUCACAUCCCUCAUUCCAGGAAGGGGGAGUUUGUAUCAGCAUUCCGACAGGCCCAGCGCCGGGAAAACGCUCUACCUAUUGCUAAUGCUGGGAUGAGGGUACUUUUUGCGGAAGGCACAGACAUAAUUAUGGACUUUGGCAUUUUCUAUGGCGGCAUUGGCUCUACCACCGUCUGUGCAAAACAGACCUGUCAGGCACUCAUAGGGAGGCACUGGAAUGAACAAAUGCUGGAUGAAGCUUGCAGACUGGUUCUUAAAGAAGUUUCUCUGCCGGGCUCAGCCCCAGGUGGGAAGGUGGAAUAUAGAAGGACUUUGAUUGUCAGUUUCCUCUUCAAAUUCUACCUGGAAGUGCUUCAGUCAUUGAACAGAAUGUACCCCCAUCUGUAUCCUAACAUAUCAGAGAAAUAUGGGAAUGUGCUACAAGAUUUCCAACCCCAAAUGCCCCAGAGCGAACAAAUAUACCAGGAAGUAAACCCAGAGCAGCUUCCCAGGGAUCCAAUAGGACGUCCCAUCAUGCACCAGGCUGGUGUAAAACAUGCUACUGGUGAAGCUCUUUACUGCGAUGACAUUCGUGCUGUGGAUGAAGAGCUCUUCCUGGCUGUGGUAACCAGUUCCAGAGCCCAUGCAAAGAUUGUAUCGAUUGAUACAUCAGAGGCCCUCAAAGCACCAGGAGUGUUUGAUAUUGUAACAGCUCAGGACGUCCCAGCCAAAAAUGAGUUCUACUAUUACAGUGAUCCAGAGAUUAUAUUUGCAAAAGAUAAGGUAAUUUGCGUGGGUCAGAUUGUCUGUGGUGUGGUUGCAGAUUCAGAUGUUCAUGCCAAACAAGCAGCUGCAAAAGUGAAGAUAGAGUAUGAAGAUCUGGAGCCAGUGAUCCUGACUGUUGAGGAGGCUAUAAAGCACAAUUCAUUCUUUGAGCCACAAAGAAGACUAGAACAAGGAAAUGUCGAUGAAGCAUUUGAAACUGUAGAUCAAAUACUUGAAGGGGAGAUCCACAUCGGGGGACAGGAACAUUUUUACAUGGAGACUCAGUGUGCGCUUGUUGUGCCAAAAGGAGAGGAUAAAGAAAUAGACAUGUAUGUGUCAGCCCAACAUCCAGCACUUAUCCAGGAAAUGGUGGCCUCAUGUUUAGGAGUUCCAGCCAAUAGGAUCAUGUGCCAUGUAAAAAGAAUCGGUGGAGCUUUCGGUGGGAAAAUAGGCAAAGCUGGUCUGUUGGCAUGUGUUGCUGCAGUGGCAGCAAACAAAACUGGUCAUGCAGUUCGUUUUAUCCUGGACCGGGGGGAUGAUAUGUUAAUCACUGGGGGCCGACACCCUCUCAUUGGCAAAUAUAAAGUUGGCUUCAUGAAUGAUGGUAGGAUCGUGGCUGCAGAUGCUAAAUACUAUAUUAAUGGAGGAUGCACUCCUGAUGACUCUAUUCUGGUAGCAGAGAUAGUCUUACUAAAAAUGGAUAAUGCUUACAAGAUUCCCAACUUCCGGUGCUGCGGUCGUGCCUGCAAGACGAACUUGCCAUCAAACACAGCAUUCCGAGGAUUCGGUUUCCCCCAGUCAGGACUGAUUACAGAAUCCUGGAUAACAGCUAUUGCAGCCAAAAGUGGUUUAUCACCAGAAAAGGUUAGGGAGAUAAACAUGUACAAAGAAACUGAACAAAUGUGCUACACUCAAGAUCGUGAUCCAGAGAACAUGGUAAGGUGUUGGAAUGAAUGUAUUGAGAAGUCUGAAUACUACAGCAGGAAAACAGCUGUGGAAGAAUUUAACAAGCAAAAUUACUGGAAGAAGAAGGGGAUUGCCAUUAUUCCCAUGAAGUUUCCAUUUGGCUUAUGCACACGUUUUCUAACUCAGGCUGCUGCUCUGGUUCAUAUAUAUACGGAUGGUUCUGUGCUUCUAACUCAUGGUGGAAUUGAAAUGGGACAAGGCAUCCACACCAAAAUGAUCCAGGUUGCCAGCCGGGAAUUGAAAAUCCCCAUGUCGAGUAUUCAUUUUUGUGAAACAAGCACAACAACUGUUCCUAAUGCUUGUGCUUCAGUAGGAUCUGCUGGAACUGAUGUCAAUGGAAUGGCAGUAAAGGAUGCUUGCCAGACUCUCUUGAAACGCCUGGAGCCCAUCAUUAGCAAGAACCCGAAAGGUACCUGGAAUGAUUGGGUUAAAGAAGCAUUUGAACAGAGCAUUAAUCUUUCAGCUACAGGGUACUUCAGAGGGUAUGAAGCUGACAUGGAUUGGGAGAAAGGGGAAGGCCAUCCAUUUACGUAUUCUAUUUUCGGAUCUGCUUGUUCGGAGGUUGAAAUUGACUGUCUUACGGGAGAUCACAAGAACAUCCGAACAGACAUCGUUAUAGAUAUUGGAUGCAGCAUAAAUCCAGCUGUGGAUAUAGGACAGAUUGAAGGUGCCUUUGUUCAGGGCAUUGGACUUUAUACAAUGGAGGAGUUAAAAUACUCCCCAGAAGGCGUCUUGUACACUCGGGGCCCGGAUCAGUAUAAAAUCCCUGCAAUCUGUGACCUCCCAGAACAGUUCAGUGUUUCCUUGCUGUCAUCCUCACAAAAUCCUUAUGCCAUCUACUCAUCCAAGGGGAUAGGCGAGGCAGGGCUGUUCCUGGGAUGUUCUGUGUUCUUUGCUCUCUGGGAUGCAGUGGCUGCUGUGCGAAAGGAAAGAGGAUUAACCGGGACCUUCACACUGAACAGCCCCCUGACUCCCGAGCGGAUUCGAAUGGCCUGUGCCGAUCAGUUUACUGAGAUGAGUACGAAAGAUGAACCUGAAUCCUUCGUUCCUUGGGCCAUCUCCAUAUGAAUGGCAAACAGAACCUCGCAAAAAGCCUGAAUGAACUCCAGUGAUUUGUUGAUCAUGAGGGUGGAGGCUCAUUUAAUCAACACACAUUUUAUUUUUAUUCAAAAUCUACCCUCUGACUACUGAAUAAUGAGCAGUACUUCUUCAGCCCAUUCUCCCACCUGAGUUUUCAGCAUAUAUUUAGUUGCACUACUACAUUUUACUCCUAGAAACACAUCUAAAUAGAUUGGAAGAGGGUUAUGCAAUAAGAUCCAGCUACUACACAUUCUCUAUGAUCAUCUUAAAUUGCCGCUAGGGAGGAAUUAAUGAUCGCUUUAGUAAUGGUGCAAAAUCCAGAUGUUUUUCCUCAGGAUUUUUCAGAACAAUGGAAUUCAAAUUUAUCCCUAAAUAAUAUAGCUAGGUUCACUGAGGUAAUGAGAUGCGAGAGCCUGUGCUAUGUUGAGCUAGUAGUGCACUGGGGUUGGGGUGCGAGGGUUGAGAGUGAACCAAAAAUAAGUGCACUAAUGCUCCUGAGAUAUCUGUUUGCAUCCCAAUAUUCAGCUUAGAGCCAGAGUUUUAAAGGCAUUUAGGCUUUGCAAAAGUGCCUGUGUAGAUUAGAUGCCUAAAUCUCAUUAAAAUCAACAGGAGUUAGGCACCUCACUUGCAUAGAGAAUUUGAAAAUCCCACUAGGCACCUAAUCUGCAUCUUUAGGCAUCUACAGAUAUUUAAAAAACUGGCCCUUAUUGAAUUCUUAUGGUUCUAUUAGUGCUGUAUGUUAAUAUUAGUUUAUGUAAAACAAAUAUUUUUCUUAUGAUGUUCAUUCUUGUGCCCGUGAAAGUUAAAAUAAGCAGCAGAAAAGAGUUCCCAUAAGAGGCGAGAUAAAAUGGCAUAUCACUGUUAACUCCCAUUCUGUCAUUAUUUGCUGCUUUGAGGCCUGAUCCUUUAGUCACAAGUCAUCCUUAGUCCCGUACAUAGCCACAUUUUUAAUAAUAACUCUGUGCACAGAAACAUACAGGCAAGUGUCAUCUUACGCGGGGGUUCCAUUCCGCGGUUAGCGCGUAAAGCGAAAACUGCGUGUAGUGAAACACU